AUGGGGGCGCUUCCGCAGUCUAACGUUGGGCCCGGAUCGUCGCAGUACCCCACAGAACCUGGACCGUCUCAGAUGGAAUUCAUGCCUAUGGAGAGCGGCGCCGCUGCCGAAAGCGCUAGCACCGGGGAAAGUAACGUACCCCGCCCCAAGCGCAUCGCAUGUAUCGUCUGUCGGAGGAGGAAACUGAGGUGCGAUGGAAGACGACCGAGCUGUGGGACAUGUUCGCGACUGGGACAUGAAUGCGCUUAUGAUGAAGUGCGCAAAAAGAGUGGCCCUAAGCGCGGUUAUGUGAAGCAGCUCGAAGCACGUUUAGCUCAGGUAGAAACGCUCCUCAAAGGCCAGGAUUCGGAACCCCAGCGUAUCUCUCCAUCACAACCAUCGGAUCCUACUUUCACAGCGCCUAUCACCGAUGAUUCUAUACUUUCCUUGCCCGAACUCUCGGAUCUGUCAGGACUCGGCCAGUUGGGAGGUCUUGGGGGUGACAUGAAUAGCUCCUUUUCAGCUCCAACUGGCCCUGACCCACGCGAGCCAAGCCAAAUACUAUACCCUCCUCCACGACAUGCGACUCAGGGCGGCAGCGAUCCUCACUGGGACUUGAUAAGCUUAGGAUUGGAGGAACCCCUCCCUCCACAGGACGCAAUUGACGAACUUGAUGCGAUGUUUUUUGAGAAAAUCUACCCAAUGAUGCCCAUCAUCCACCGUCCACGUUACUUUGCAGCUCUGAAUCUUGCAUCUCAUAUGCGACCACCGAUUUGUCUUCGAUACAUAAUGUGGUGCCAUGCCGCAUCCGUCAGUGACAAAUACUUCUUCCUACAUAGCCAUUUCUACGAGCGCGCACGUAAGUAUGCUGAGCUGGAUGAGAUGAAAGGCUUUGGAGAAAAUAUCGUCAACCUUGCGCAUUGCCAAACGUGGAUCUUGAUCGGCACAUAUGAAUUUCGGAUGAUUUUCUUCCCACGAGCUUGGCUGAGCGUUGGUAAAGCCGCAAGACUCGCACUGAUGCUAGGGUUGAAUCGACUUGAUGGAGCUGGGCUCGAUGUCAAACAAUCCAUACUACCACCAAAAGAUUGGACAGAACGCGAAGAACGCAGGAGAGUCUUCUGGGGCGCAUUCGCCACAGAUAGAUAUGCCAGUAUCGGAACCGGUUGGCCGAUUCUUAUUGACGAAAAUGAUAUUAUGACGAAUCUCCCUGCCUCAGAGGAGUCUUUCGUAAAGAGCAAACCACAACGAACGCUUCGUCUCAACGACAUAAUGACCGGAGAUCAUGUUGCAACACUAGAUCCCUUUGCAUGCGUGAUUGUUUUGACAAGUCUAUUUGGUCGUAACCUCAUUCACAUCCAUCGUCCUCGGCCCGAUGACAACGACCAUGAUCUCAAUGGAGAGUUUUGGAAACGACACAGGUGCCAUGACAAUAUCCUUCUGCAUAUAGCCCUUUCUUUGCCUGAUCAUCUUCGGCUCCCAAGCGGAGUGUCAGACGUGAAUGUCAUUUUCGCCAACAUGAGCCUCCAUACCUCGACCAUCUGCCUCCAUCAAGCGGCCAUCUUCAAGGCCGAAAAGAACAAAAUGUCAAAUCAGAUCACGACUGAGAGCAAGCGCAGAUGCCUCGUGGCUGCAAACCAAAUUUCAAGCAUCAUGAAAAUGAUCAGCCAUGUUGAUCUGACAAGCUUGAACCCAUUCAUGUCAUUUUGCCUCUACAUUGCUGCUCGCGUGUUUGUGCAAUAUCUUAAAUCUCGACCCGAAGAUUCGAGUGUGCACUCAUCGCUGCAGUUUCUCGUCUCUGCUCUAAAUGCCAUGAAGAACAAGAACCCUCUGACAGAGUCCUUCCUUGUCCAGUUGGACGUCGAUCUCGAUGGAACUGGCAUUCGCGCUCUCGAUGACAGGCAGAAAGCCAACAUGUCUGCUGCACAAUCAAUGGCUCAAUCUUAUUGCCACGAUACUGCUAACUGCUCUCCUAUUUACAACGUUCGUGAAACCCAACGGACCGUAAUCGAUGAGUCUCAACAAUAUUGUGCAAACCGCAAUGGAAAUCUGCAGACCACGCCCGCCAGUUUGGCGGGCCCCCUUCCAACCCGGAACAGGAAUGCAGCUUCACAGUCCGCCGGAUUAUCAACCUUCAAUGGCGACGACACGCAUCAUCUUUUCGGGCCCUCCGCUCAGGAAACAGAUCCGAAGAUGGACCAAGCCGCACAAACGGGUGUCAUUGUUGAUAUGGAAAUGGACUUCCCACCUGACUUCGGCAAUCUCAGCGAUAGAAAUAAUCCACCAUCAGAUCAUCCGACCCCGUCGACCCUCAAUUCGUCAUCAAACACUUCUUACUCAAUCAUUGGUGCCGACAACCCAUCUCCCCCUAACAAGCAACAAAAAACAAACUUGAUGUAUCCCAACCAGGUGUCAGCUCCGUCGUUGGAGAAAGGCAAUCCAAGCGGUCAACCACAUGGAGUCACGAAUACGCAGGUCACUGACAUGUCCUCUUUGGCUGGUCGAUACUACCAAAACAUAUCUGAUACCACAUCCGUUCCCACAGAAGCGCCGUCCAGCAUGUUUUCAAUGCCUUCUGCGUGGGACUUCCAAGCCCCAAAUCCAGAUAUGCGCAAUGGGGACUUCGGCAACCUAACUAUGGAGUCCUUCACUGAAUCCCAGUGGGCCCAGAUGUUGGGUAGCCAGAUUUUGAGUGAAAAUGGGAACAACGCUGGCUGGGAGAACUGGCGGCCAUCGUGA